AUGCAAAAAGAUUCACGUCUGUAUUGGGGAGUGUUUUAUGGGACGGGAUGCAAGGUGGGGAGGAUUGUACCAGUGCCACUGAUCGAGUCGGCCAAGGAGUACCGAAGUAUUGACGAGUUAGACAGCCAUUUGUGGGUGUCACACAGUUUCAUGUGUGGAGGAAUAGCGGACUUGUUGGUCGGUCGGAAAGAGAUCGGAUACCGAUAUAUGGUCUAUUAUGUCCUGCCGGAUAGCGCGGAUGAACGCAAGAAUCAUGCACUUCACAAGGUGGGGGUGCACUGGAAGGGAGAUGUACUAAUCAUGAGGGCGAUCUGGGAUUACGAGUGUAGCCAAUACCAAUUGGAAUCCAUUCGGCAAGAGGACUUAACAUUUGUGACAGAUUGCUUGGCCAGAAGACAGAUCGGUACCAAUAUGGCCGAUGCCAGUAUCGCGCGAAGCCUUGACAGUAUCAUCAGAUCGUAUUAUAACACUCCUGGAACGUCGAUCAGCAAGAUACUGUAUCAGACAGACAUAUAUGGAGAGAAGGAGUCGUCAAAUACUUGGCGUUAUUUUGACAGGGAGACACGGAAGCCAUUCAGAGCAACAUUGUUAGUGAGUUCAGGCAUCAGUGGUCAGCUUUUGUUUGAUGCACAAGUCAAUAUGCUGCAAGGCUUGUUUUACAAGGACCAGGAAGAGGAAGUCAAUACUCCUUCUGCCUGGAACGACGAUGGCAGUUCUUCGGGAGGUAGUGCUGCGACCAUGAGAACGAUCAAUAUUUUGGAUGAGGCUGCUGAUUUCCCUGUGAAAAUUGAAGUAUCGUUUGCCAAGCAUGUUUCCCUCGUUGGAAAAGAUGCGAUUGAGGAAGGCAGACUUAGUUUGUACAGUAGUUUGAUGUCAGAAAAUAGUAAUUUGUGA